UCUUUCUAGGAACUAUUUCUUCAACAACACGAGUUCUCACACGGAGCCUUCUGCGUCCGGACCAAUAUUCCGGAAGUAGCUUAGCGUGUUUGCGGAGGUUAAUUCCAGUCGUCCUUCUUGUCACUAACUAGCAGCUGGUGGUGAUGGUGAAGAAGAAGCGUCUCCAGCUCAUAGCGGAGAUGGCUCGGAAGAUCCGGGCAUAUCGAGAAUGGAAAAACCGCCCGCGUGAAUCCCAGAAGUACGCGUUGGACUACGAGACGAUGACGCGGCCUCACACGGGGAAGAUGCUGCCCGUGCUGGCUUGGCGGGACGUCCGGCGAGAAAGCCGCCUCUUCUCGCUGCUGGCCGGUAUGAAGAUGUUCGGAAUGGGCCGCCUCUUCACCCGCAAGUCUUGGCUGGAGGAGCACACGGAGCCCAGUUACUGGACGCUCACCAAAGUGAAAGUAGACUACACAGCGCAGAACAUGGAUCAUGGCAGGGCCUGGGGCAUCCUCACUUACAAAGGAAAGGUGGAGAGUGAAGUGCGGGAAGUAGACAAGGUGAUGUACCACGACUGGCGCCUCAUUCCCAAACACGGCCAGCAACAAUUCCAGGACUUUGUUCCUCUGCCGGAGCCGCCCGUGCGUCACGUGCCAUACCCACCUCUACUGCGUGCCAUCAAGCUGGCAGCGGUGCGGGGGGAGGAGCCUCUGCUGCCUCUGGAGAGAGACGUCACGCUCACCAAGGACUAUUUCCAAAGUCAAGACCAAGGCAAGAAGGCAAUGUGACGUCUGUUCAUCCAUCCAUCCAUCCAUCCAUCCAUUUUCUACCGCUUAUUCCCUUUGGGGGCGCUGGAGCCUACCUCAGCUACAAUCGGGCGGAAGGCGGGGUACACCCUGGACAAGUGACGUCUGUUCAAUCCUAUUAAAAGUAAGACAAUACUCAAA